UGGCUCAGCUCAGUUACUCAGUGGAGACCGAUCCAUAAUGGUGCGUUCUUGUAUCCUCAUGUCCUUUCUUUGGACUAUAUCGACUGCAGGGCUUGUUAAUGAAUGUAAUUUUGAUGGCGAGGUGACAAAAGCAGCGGCUCUUCAAAAUCUAUCCUUUAUCAGCAGUUCUAGUUCAGUAAUGUUUUUCCGUACACUUCCGUCAACGAGAACGUCGUCUCACUCAUGUAUUGUAACAACGGAGGACAAAGAUAGUUUCUUAUAUGUAAAAGCAAAGACCUCUGGAGAGAAAAAUGGAACUCUUCACAUGACAGUGUACGGUGAGGACGAAUUGUCCUCCUCUGGUCAUCUUGACACUGCUGCGUCGCAUGUUUGGAGCACGUCAAUUUCAUGUCCAAAGCCUCCCGGCCAGAAGUAUUCAGUGUUACUAACAGGAACUCCAAGCCUAAGUUACGCAGUGGAAAUCUCUGAAAACGUCUCGUCUAUAGAUAUCGGUCAACCAAAGAGUUUUACGAUUUCAAGCACUCAACCAGCAGCAUUUCAGUUCAAACCAAGCACGGGUAUCUCAAAAAAACAACUUGACAUAACUGUGGAAUCCAGUAUAAAUAUUACAGCUUACUUAAAAGUUUCACAUACGUGCGAGGAUGUGGUGAAGAAUAUAAAUGCACUGAAUCCCAGAUCAUUGAGGCUGUCGUUCGCAGAAAAGGGCCGGAUCACCCUCUCCAAAGCAUCAUUACCGCCUCUAGAAGAUACCGGUCGCCCUUGGUUCAUAGGGAUUGCGAUAAAGAGCAAGUCCGAAACAAGAAAAAAAAACGUGAUACUAACUCUAGCGAGCUCGUUUGAUUAUGAUUACGCAACUCCGUUCUAUUUCCUAAUCUUUUUGUCGUUUUUUGGUGGUAUUGCAGUGGCGCUAUGGGCGUUGUUUUGCUUCAGGGAGCCAUAUAAACUGGCCGUGGAAGAUGAACAUAUUGACGAUUCAGCGGUAAGCUUUUCGUCGCCCAUGGCAGCUAGUCACCGAAUGAAAGACAAUCUUAGGAGCUUGUUUUCAUCUUGCUGGAAAAAGAAAGAGGACGAAGAAGCUGAUGAGCUACGACCAUUGAUACGUGGCAAAAAGGAAAAAAACCCUUUAACUUGGAAGGAAUUGUUUAAAGCAAUGAAAAUAGUGCUGUUUACCCACUGGUUCGCGCAAGGACCCAAAACAUUUUCUUACACCACCUGUAUUGUCGGUUUUGUCCUUUUGGUUGGUUCAUACCAGUAUGUCUUCGAAGACUGGCACGAGAUGAUACAUACGGGCGACAGGGACAGGUGUUAUUACAAUGACUUUUGUUAUAGAGUUAGUGGAUAUGACAUUCCCUUCAACCUGAUGAUAAGUAACCUGGUUUACAUGAUUCACGGCUUGAUCCUGGCCUGGUCGGUGUGGGUGAUGGAAGCCGAGUUAUUCGCUUGGUGCCAUAAGCAGGCGCGUAGGAACCACCUGUCAACUACACGACUUCCGCCAGGCCAAGUCGAGUUACCGAAACACAUUUUGAAAUGCCCGAACAUCAACGGUCACCUGGCAAAAAUGACUGUUCCUUAUUUUCGCACCAACAAUCUAGAAGAAGAGAUAAUGUUGCACGCUGAAGCUCAUAAAAGAAAGUUCACUUUUUCGAUAGGGUACGCUUUAGCCUGGGGGCUGAUUUUUGAGGGGUGUUUUUCCAUGCUUUAUCACUUUUGUCCCACCAAGUUGACUUUCCAGUUCGAUACAGCUUUCAUGUUUGUUAUUUCAGGUUUGAUUGUGUUAUCAUUGUAUAACGGAAUCAGCUUCAAGCAGUGCGUUGUCGGAAAAAGGUGCAAAAAGCCUGUACAAGCCAGCAAUUUUUUCCUGUUCUUUUUAGUUCCACUGUUAAUUUUCAAUUACUUUGGCUCCCUUCUCUAUAAAAAUCGUGGUGAAAUGGGUUUGGCAAUGAAAUUAAUAUUUGUAGUCUGUUUGGUUUUAUAUUACAUCAGUAUUCUUUCUUGGGUGGGUAUAAAAUUGUUUUACAACAUUUUGAGCAAAAGUGACCUCAAAAAGUGGGAUGAGGUUUUAAAGGCUGUGUUUUUCUUUGUGAUCCUAGUGGUUAUAAGUAUUGUUUUCCCAGUGCAUUUUGGAAUUCAGUUUGAUUUCCCAGACAUGUUCUUGUUUAGCUGUAUAUCAGCUUGUCUCCUUGCUAUCACGGGUAAAGUGCUGAUUCAGUUCUUUCGGACCACCCGUCGAUGUUGCACAUUUCAAACAUUCAUUUUCCGCUUUUUUCAAGUCUCCUAUAUUCUAGUCACGCUAGGGUGUAUGGGUACUGCGGUUUGGAUUUUUACUGCCAAGGCGACAACAGACAAGACAAAGACUGCAUGGGAAUCACGUGAUCUGAACAAGAGGUGCGCAGUCGUGAAUUUCUUUGACUAUCAUGAUUUAUGGCAUAUCUUGUCCUCAUUUUCCCUCCUGAUGGGAUCUUAUUUAAUGUUGUAUAUUAGUGAAUAAGUCAUUCAAAGACAAAAGCUAAUUAACUGCCAUGAACUGCGAGGAGUUAACUGCGCAAAGAUUAAUUUAGCUUUGUGUGAAUGCUAUAUGGCUUGUUAGUAUUAGAAUAUAUUAAUUGAAGUAAUUCUUAUAUAUUAAAAUUUCUCUUUUGGAAGUAGUUUGUUGGAUAGGAGGCGAGUUUAUUAGAAAAAUCGCCCAUAUUUUAUUAGAGAAACAAUUUUAGCUCAGCUACUUUGUACUUCAUGAGAGGUGACAUUUUGUUUAAAGUUACUUAAGUUUUCAAGAGUAGUUUUAAUUAUAUUGUAAACAUUUCAAAUUAAAUCGAAAGAUAUGUAAAGUAUGUUAUGGAUAUUUAUCAAACAAAUGA